UUAAUUUAGUGGCGGCGCUCGAGGAGUAAGCGAUUUGCGCAGGCUUUGUUGGCGCGAAGCGCGGUUGGUUCUUUUUUGUGGGGACGCUGGUAAAGUGAGCUGUAACUCUGGGGACUCGUUUCCUCUUUCCUUUAGGUACAUUUCUAUUUUUUUUUUUGUAAGAUAUGGCACACAAGAAGCCUGUGUACGAGGUAUUCGUCGGCAAUUUGCCAUCGAACGUUACAGAGGCAACACUUACACCUCUCUUCACCGAAGUUGGAGAAGUCAGCUCUAUUCGCUUAAGGAACUCGCAUGAUGGACGCAAAGUAGCAUACGUUCGUUACUUCAUUGAAUUGGAUGCUGAUGCAGCCGUUGCUAAGCGCAACGGAUAUUUAUUUGGAAAUAACCGUCUGCAUGUUCAUAGGAUUCAAAAGAGCACAAGGCUUCAACAAUCGGAAGGGAAUCCUGCGCAAACAGGUGGAGGCAGCACAGAUUCCAAGAUGAAAGGUAUGGCUCUUUCUGCAAUCCUUGGCUCUGCACAGAAGGUUGCACAGAAGAAAGAGUCUUCAAACAUACCUUCUGCUCCAGAAAAUGCAGGAGUAGAGCUACUGAUUUGUGAAGUGAAAGACGCAACAUCCUUUUUUGGGCAGCAGCCUUCAGACUCUGACAAAGCCGCUGAACUUGCAAUCCAGCUGGCCGAGAUCUGCCCCACAACUGUGCCGGAGACAAGUCCAGAACUUGAGAAGAUCUAUGCUGCUAAGUUCUCUGAAGAUCAGCAGUGGUACCGUUGCAAAGUUUUGCAGAAGAUUGACAAUACCAAGAGCUAUAUUCAGUACCUUGACUAUGGGAACUGUGAAGAAAUAAGUCAUGGGCCAGGCUUGGUGAGCCUUUCUGGUGAACUUGCCCUCAUUCCUCCGCUGGCCAUCUUCUGCUGUUUUGAUGGCCUGCAGAGCUUUAGCAAAGAUAAUGAUCCUGCCCUAUAUAACGAGGCACUCAACUUCAUGAAGGUGCUGCUGAGGGACAACAAAGUGAAGGUGCGGACAAAGACCAGAAUUUCCCGGCAGACCACAAACUUGGUAACAAGUUGCCACCUUCUCGAUUCUGGUCUGGACGUCAUCGAAGAAUUCCGCAAUCGAGGCUAUGCUAAGAAGAUGCAGCCAACUAAAGAUGCAGAACAGCAGAUCAGCUGUGCAGAGAGCAGUCCGGACAGGGGCUACCAGCGUAUACCUGAGCGCAGCACCUAUCCUGCUCGUGACCGCAGUGAUAGCUGUGAUCGUGGCUAUAGCAGCGAGCAUAAUCAGCAUGGUUUUGGACGAGGCUUUAAUGGAGGUCGUUUGUACGGUCCUGGUCAGAGUCGCUUCAUAACACCACUGUCUAGACCUAAUUAUCCUGGAUGUGAUGACAUCAAAAAUGGUGUCUGGGCUCGUUUCUCUGCACCGAAGCCAGAAAUGCUGCAUGGCUCAGGAGGGCAAGCAUGGAUGAAGAACCAGCCUGAACUGCGCAUGGUUCCAGCUCAAAGUAUGCGUCCAGCUGCAGCUGGAGGUGGUGAUACUUCAACUACUGCAGUGAAGCAGCUCAGUGAUGAGCGAAACUUUCUGAAAUCUCAGCUGCAGACUAUGAAGGAUCGAAUCAAGGCUUUGGAAGAACAAAUUGCUGCUAACGAUUCUCUUUGCCAAGCGAAAAACAACACUCUUUCAAAGCUGCCAGAUAUUCUCAUGCUUUUGGGAAAAGUGAAGCUUCAGAGAGAGCAGUUCUCAACUGACCCUGAUGUCAAGGACAUUGUUGAGAUGGCUUUGAAUAUCUACGAGACCUGCCGGCAGGUAGCCAAGCCAAAUCACAGCGUGGAUUCUGCAGUCACUCGCUAUCAAGCAGCUCAAGAGGCCAUCGAAAAGUGCUGUGACUUGGGCCAACUGCCGCCAUUGAGAGCUGAGCGUGAUGCGGCCUCUGAGGAACUUCGGCAGCAACUGCAAGCCCACAAAGAGAUCGCAAAAGAUGCUGACCAGGCGAAUAGUCGCAAAGUCCUGCAUAUCAAAGUUGCCUUGACUGAGCUGGAACGGGCCUUUGGUGAGCUGCUGGCAGUUUCUGUAGAUUCCUCAUUGGACAUUGCGGCUGUCCCUCUGACCUUUGAUGAACUAAGCCAAAGCAUUGCUAGACUGAAGAUGGAAAAAGGGCCAGGCUUCCAGAGGCAAAGGCAGAAGACUGACACUGCACAUGUUCGUCUCGUAACUUUCCUGCAGGAACUGCUACAGGCCCUUCGAAGUGCUAAGGCUGAAUCUGGUGGAAAGCAGUUUUCUGUUAGUUGCAUAGAUGGAUUUGUGGAGGACCUUGAGCGCUGUCUGCAAGCAGAAGUGUCUGAAUGUAAUCUGAUAUCCUCUGCCAGUUGUGGGCGUCUGGGCGUUCUCGUUCGGCAGCUGGUGGCAGAACUUCAAGAAACACUAUCUCGUUUAUCUGAUGCUGUUCUUGCACAAGAUCGCUAUAGCAGCCUGCUUCAAGAACUUGGCUUCGAUAAUUCACUCCUUGAUUUUAAAGAUUGUGAACGAAAAGCCAUGGAAGCCUGCCAGCUGCGGCGCAAUGUACGUAGAUUAAAAUCUGCUUUGAGACACCGUUUGGCUGACCUGGAAGAUAUUGAGUUUGACGAGGUAGAAAGGGACAAGGUCACUGCAGACAUCCGUGCUGUUCGUAUCAGGCUUCAAGGUGUCUUCAGUGAAGAGGAACAGCUUUUGGAUCAAUUGUCUCGGCUACUGAUACGGCGGUUUCCCGAGUUGGUACUCCUUUUUCCAGAGUUGGAGUUACCAGAGUAUCAGAAGUUCAACAGCCUUCUGAAAUCGCAGUGGGAGCUGUUUGCUUUCGAGAUCGAAUCCUGCGGACCACAGCUGAAGACAACAUUCUGUGAAGAGGACAUGCUAAUAAUUGAGUAUGCAGUGGGUACAUCUGGAGACCUGGAUGUGCUCCUCAUGAAGGUUACGCAGUACAGCUAUGCCCGCUGCAGUCACCUGCUUCCCAUUAAGGCAGUCUUUUUUCCCCAGGACCAGCGCCAUGUGUACAUCAUGGUUCCCUCCAUGGGGAAGCCCCUGGUGAUGCAUGCUCGAUCUGUCCUGCCUCAUCUGACUCUUCUGCACGACAUUCUGAGUGCGCUCCAUGUGCUGCAUACCCCACUUGAAAGCAAACCUCCUAUUGGCCAUGGCCGUGUACAUCCUGCCUGGAUUCUGCUCUCUCCUGAUAGCAAGUCCGUCGUACUUGAUCUGCCAGACUUCAGUGUCUACAUGCUGGGCAAGAGCCACCAGUUGCCUGUUGCUGGCAGGAUUGACUUCACUGCCCCGGAACUGCGCAUCAUGAAUGUCAAACCUGAGCCCACGCCUGCCAGCGACAUGUUUGCUUUUGGGUGUCUGAUGCUAUGGCUCAUGUUCCCUGGAGCAGUAUUCAAGCAGGGAUGCCUGGAAACCCUUGGACCUGCUGAAGAGAUGGAGGCUCGUACCCGACGAGAAGUUUCGGUGAUACGUUCCCUGCUGAAAGAAAACCCUACUGAUCGGCCAACAGCAGCACAGCUUCUUGAGAACCCUGUUUUCGCUGGGUUCAGCAAGGUUCAACGACCAAGCACUGCCACCUCUGUGGCUGUGAAGGCAAAGUUAUCAGUGGCUCAAACUCUCUCCCUACCCUCUGAGCACUGAAGUCAAGCAUUGGUUUGCACUAAGUUGUGCUUUGUAUGUUGUGAUGCAAGUGUAGGGUUAAAUCUCAAUUACCACUACCUGUCUGUGAUAGGAAACAAUACAUUUUUAAGCUCAUUUGUUCUUAAAUUGAUGCAUAUAGUUGUACCACAGUCUUUCAAAGCAUCCAUACUAUUCCACAUUUUGUCUAAGCAUGUAUAGGGAAAAAAGAAGUUUGCAGCUAACACGAACUGUUAGCUCCCUUUUUCCCAUUCCAUACUCUUUUUGUUGUGAUUUGUUUAAAGUUGAUGCUGCAAAUAGUUGUACCACAGUCUUUCAAAGCAUCCAUAUCAUUCCACAUUUUGUCUAAGCAUGUAUAGGGGAAAAAAAAAAAAAAAGUUUGCAGCUAACACGAACUGUUUGCUCCCUUUUUCCCAUUCCAUACUCUUUGUGUUGCGAUUUGUUUAAAGUUGAUGUUGCAAAUAGUUAGUUGUACCACAGUCUUUCAAAGCAUUCAUAUCAUUCCACAUUUUGUCUAAGCAUGUAUAGGAAAAAAAAAAAAUCUUUUUCCCACUGCUUACUCACGUUCUUUUUUUUUUUCCCCUCUAAACGCCACAUUUAUGGCAUUUGUUUUUGACAGAGCAUUCAAAACAAAGUUUGCUAUUUGUUUCAAGUUGAUGCAAAUAGUUAGUUGUACCGCAGUCUUUCAAAGCAUCCAUAUCAUUCCACACUUUGUCUAAGCAUGUAUAGGAAAAAGAAGUGUUUUGCAGCUAACACGAACUGUUAGCUCACUUUUUCCC